GCUAUGUCAGAAAAAGAGCGUAUUUGCGUUAAUAAGUUUCAAGUCAGAGUCGAAUCUCAGCCUUCGCUAUUUCCAUUUCCCGGUGAGUCUGUGGAAUAAAAAUGGCGGUAUGUAACUACGAACGUGAAAAUGAAAUACGGGUUAUUGAUUUUGAAGACAUGGAAUUUAUUGGCCAUUUGGGACGAGGUGGAAUGUCGAAAAUUUCUCUGUAUAAAUGGAAAAGAGAAGAAUCUACCAUACUGGUUGCGAUGAAAAGUCUGCUGAGCAGAUUUAUAGAAGACAGAUACAAAAUAUACCUUCAACGUGAGAUGGCAAUACUGGCAACAUUGGAACAUGAAAAUAUAAUUCAAACUUUCGGUGUGGUUGAAACAGAUCAAAUGUUUGGACUUGUGAUUGAAUAUUCUCCCUUUGGGUCUUAUAACAGUUUCUUUCGCUAUCUUGCCGAAAAGGAACCCACAAUCUCGGUUCAAUUAAUGGUGCCGAUUAAGAUUCAGAUAUUGAGUGAGAUAAUAUCGGCUAUGAAGUAUCUCCACAGUCUUCGGCCUAAAAGAAUUUUACAUUUGGAUUUGAAAAGUGAUAACGUUUUGCUGGACAGUGAUCUUCAUGCUAAGCUCUGUGAUUUUGGAUUGAGCACCAUGUCUACACUGACUGAACUUCGAACCAGUUCAAUUCUCGCAGGAGGUGUGCUAGGUGGCACUUUGGGUUUUAUUGCCCCUGAAAGGUUACGAAACGUUGAGGCAAAGCCAACCACAAAAGCCGAUGUUUAUUCGUUUGGAAUUUUGAUGUGGGAAAUUAUGGCAGACGAACAGCCGUUUGCAGAACUCGGAACAAAUGAUUAUCAUUUGCGUCAAGCAGAGGAGAUGCGACCGAAUCCGUCGCACAUUCCAGAUGUGUUUCCGAAUGAACUCUUAACUAUGAUGCAGUUGUCGUGGUCACAACAUCCAAUAGAUCGACCAAGUUUUAAAAAACUUGAUGAAGAUAUGCUUUCAAUAAUUGAACGAAUUCAAGACUACAAAGGACAAGUUCGGGAGUCCCGAAUUAUAAUUUUAAGAUUAUACGAAUCAGUAGGUGGUCAAACGUCAUCCAGUCUCGGGUUUCACCAGCCAUGCGAUUCAAGUGUACAAAUUGAAUCAUCUGUACCACAAAAUGGAAAAGAAACAUCUCCGAAUACGUCACCCAAAGCGGUCGAAGAAAACACAACGCAAAAGGAGCACCCUAUAUCUAUGCCCUGUUUAGAUAAUGAAGAGAGCGAAUUUUUCCUCCCUCCUCCCCAUUACACACUACAGGAUGAUACUGUUUUUGUUCCCGAUUCCAUUCGGGCUGUACGCCCUCUGACUUGUGGACAUAGACUGAAAACCUUACUUCAGUCAAAAAUCUUUGUCUUCAUUGUUUCCGUUUUUUUAUUAUGUGGGAUAUCAUCCGUGGGAAUAUGGUUGCUCGUAUCAGAAUUCAAAGAUGGCCAAGCAGAUCCGUACAGUAGAUGCAUAUCAAUCGGGGGAACUUGUCACAAUUGGUAUGAGCACGACUGCUCCGGGGGUUAUAAAACCGGCUUAUGUGACGGGGAGUUUUCGAACACUCAAUGCUGUCUUCCGUGCAAUGCGGCAUGUAAGGACGCUGAAGCUAGCUAUAAGGACAUCCCCUGCGGAGAGAUUAAUGGGAUUUGUAAGCAUAAAACUAAUUAUUGCUCACAAACAUACAUUAAGGAAAAGUGUGAUGGUCCGGAAGACAGGCGAUGUUGCCCACCCAAUCCUGCAGACACAGAAUGCACAAAACGGGGAGGGAUGUGUCAAAAUUGGGUCGAAUAUACUUGCGUUGCUGGAUACAGGAGUGGAUUAUGCAUCGGUGGGUCCGCGAUUAGAUGCUGUUUGCCAUGUGAUACCAAAUGCUAUGAUGAUGAAGCAAUAUUUCAUGAUCCGGCAUGUGAUAGUUUGCAUGGGACUUGUAUGGAUAAUACUAAUUAUUGUGCCAGUGGAUAUCUACCCGAAAAAUGUCAUGGACCGGACUCCAGGCAAUGCUGUCCCCCAUAGCUUCCUAUAAGUUCUAAACUGGUAUGUUCCAAGUCAGAGACUCGCUGUGCGUUUAUGCAUCUCUGUAUCAUAGAAAUGAAUACGCAAGGCAUUAUGCUCCUCACAAAACCUCGUUAAUGCAAAAUUACAUGAGCACAAAAUGUUUAGUGUUAUGAAUCAAUGAAAUAGAGAAUAAUAGCAGUGAACAAAUAUCAAAAAGGGUGCUCCCUGUGAUACAAACAAUUUAAAAACCUUCAUAAUAAAUACCAUGCCGUGACAAGAGUACGGCGCAAACAUUUUUAUGAUACUUCGAUUGUGUUAUACUAGGAUAGGAUUUACAUAUUUAUCCAAGGGGAGAGGAAAGUCGAUAAGACGGAAUCCCGUGGGAUGGGAUGGGACAGCACAGAUUUUAUUUCCCAUGGGACACGAAAACCGUAUGAUUUUCGGGGAAAUGACGGUAAAACAUGGACAUGGACUUCUUAUCCAUAUAUUCGAGCAUAUAUAUCUCUCUUCUUAGCUAUAAAGAGCAAAAUAUAUUCAGCAUUAACAAUAUACUUCGUGAAGGGGCUGAUGGACUCAUUUAUAAUAUUUAUGAAUAUAAAGUUAACGAAGUCCGUGAAU